AUGUCCGACCUGUAUACCUCUCUCAACGUAUCACCCAGAAAGAGGCGUGCAUCUCCCGACUCGGACGAUGAACAGACGCUCACGCCCAAGCGCCUCCGCCGCACGGCGCCCUCCCCGCAAAAGACGAUCAGGGCCACGAGGACGCAGUCGGGGGAUGGCUCGCUCUCCGAGCUGCCCGGCCACCUCGCCCGCUUGGUCAAGAUCCAGGGUGCGCUGCAGCUUGCCAUGGCGCAUGCACUCGCGACCUCUGCGCUCGCGCCCUCCUCCGACACCGGCGUCGUGCGGAAUGUGCUCGACCAUCACACCCUCAACUCCCAGGCCGGUCUGUCCGUCAGGCUAGACGUCGACGACAUCUGCCGGCUAUGCUGGCUAUGGGAGUGGGACGGAAAGUCGAUCUCAACCAAGGGGAAGGGUCGCAUGGUCACCGUCGAGGACGACGACGAGAACCCGUUUGCGGCCGAGUCUUCUGCUCCGAAAAAGGCCGCACCGCCUAAGGAUUGGACUCGGGGAGGGAUGGGCUUUGUGAUCAGCCCCACCACCCGCGUUUCGAAGACGUCGCGCAUUCCCGCCUAUGGCAUCGGCAUCGAGGUUGAAAUGGAUCUCGACAAGGACAUGGUCAGUGGCAUGGCCGCGGUCGCUCGCUGGACCACCGGUGGAGACGCUCGUCGCCGCGACCUUCAUGAGAAAGUCCGCAAGUGGAAUGAUCUUCACAAAGACGCAGAUAGCGUGCCCAAUGUUCCCUUAGCGGACCUGCCGCUUCUGCAUACUCCGGCGACCCCAUCCAGCCUCACCCGCUUGCUCGCAUCUGCCUCUCCCAAGUCACCCGCGGCGCAGAAGAUUCUGGCAGCACCACCUUCACCCACUUCCUUCGUGAAAAAGGGCUCGAUCUCCCCGUUGAAGUCCCCUGUCAAACGUGCACUUGCCGCGCCGGACUUCUCCUCCGCUCUAGGCGCCACGCCCAAGGCAAAGGCAGGCAGCAUCUUCCCCCAGACGCCAUCGUCCCGCCACUCUCAAACGCCCUCAUCUCGCCACUCACGAUCCGAUGACCCGUUUGGCUUGCUCACGCCGCGGACGCCUUCUCUGUCUCCCUCUCGUUCAUCUGUAGCCUCCGACUCUUUGCCGUCAACGCCCGUGGGUCAGCGUGGCUCAAAGGCGGCGACUGCGCCCGAGACGCCCGUCAGCUCGCGUAGACAAGCGCUUAUGGAUCGUAUCCGCGAAAAAUCUCUCGCUUCGCCUACCAAGAGCCCACUCAAGAACAAGAUUGGCGCCGAGACGGAGAAGAUGACUCGGGCCGAGUUGCAGAAGUUGAGCGCUGACGAGAUGCGGCGUCGCGUAUUACUCGGUCGACUUGGAGAUGUCGCUGAGAGCAUCUGGAUGUUAUUCGCCGGACCGUCAGGAUCUGGAGGUGCCGCGGCGUCGCGCAAACGCAAAGCGAUUCCACAAUACGAAGUCGUCGAAGCCAUCCUCAAGUCUUCCCCCGUGCCACUUUCGGCAGCCGAGGCCCAGGAGUCGAUCUCUAUCCUCACUUCGCUGUGCCCUUUCUUCUUGCGCGCGGUAAACAUCACCGGUGAAGAGUGGUUGGAGAUGCCAACGAAUGCCCUCACGCCCCCGAGCCCUGGACCUACCAAGUCUACGAAUCCUGAUGCGAUCACGCGGAGUCCUCGUCGCGUGAAGCACGAAGGUGGUGGUUUACGUGAGGUCCGCGAGCGCGUUCGCAAGGAACUCGAGUCCAUGGACUAA